AUGCCAUAUUCUGCUGGGCAUUCUUUCAGGACCUUCCAGUCCAAAGAGAUGGGGUUUGAGAAUGCCCCAUUGGCGAAGGUACCUGACCUUUUCGCCGAGAACCAGCGGCUGUUGAUGCAGGUUAUGCACAACACCACUUUGGCGGCUGAUCUUAACGAGGAGUUAAGGCUGAAAGCCGAGGAAGCAGAGGCUCGAGCUCGGCUGUUCGAGCUGAAAUAUCAGAAGGCCGAAAAAGAGUCUUCAGCGGCCAUGGCUGGGGUCGCUGAGAUGCAGGGCAAAUUCAAGGAGUUUUGCCUCUGCUUUGAGCAGACCAUCAUUCCUUGGCUGGACGAAGGCCGUGCCCUGUUGACCGAGCAUGAGGUUGAUGAUAUUCCGAGCUUUAAGGCUCGGAUCGAGGAGAAGCUGAAGAGAGAAGCGGCUGCUCGUACCGCCCUUGCUGAGGAGUUGGAGGCUGAGAAGGCUCGUCAUGAGGCUGAGUCUCAGCUGCUGGUCAGCCACCUGGACUCUAAGGAUUCAGAUCUAAAUGCUGCAAGGUCUGAGUUGCAGGAGCUGAAGAGUCAGUUGGCUGCGCAGCUUGAAGAGACUGCCAAGGUCAAGGCAGAAGCUGAGAAAGCUAAGACCGAGCUCUCAGCCGCCAAUGAUCUGCUUCAAGUCCGCGUCUACACCCGGGCUCAAUACGAGGAGGGUUUCGACAACGGUUUCAACGUUGCUCGGCGACUGGCUUUUCACACUUGUCCCGAAAUAAACUGGGAUCAGGUUGAAGAGUGGGCAGCCGUUCCGAACCAUCCCAACUCAAGGGUGGCGCAUCCAGCUGAAGAUGCGUUCUUGGCUCGCCUCGAGGCCGAGGCAGAUGAGGAUGAAGCUGAGACUUGUGAGGCUCCAGCUCCCGCCCCAGCAGAUGCCGAAGCAUAG